AUUCACAGCACACUUACUAGUUCGGGAACGACUGCGCGGGUCGGCCGCAACGCGCGGUGGCGUGCGCUGCGGCGUCACGAGCGGCAGCCCGGUCCUGACCUAGAGCUCGGCGCGGAUGGCUUCGGACAGCAGUGCGGGCGACGUGUCCGGGAAGGCGCGCGCGUAGCCGUCCCGGCCGACGACGUAGUAGACGCCGAAGUUCCAGGAGAUCCGCGGGACCUUGGGCGUCUUGUGCUUGAGGUACCGGAAGACGGCGUGGGAAUUGGGACCGUUGACGUCGACCUUGGCCAUGACGUGGAACGCGACGCCGUACCGCUUCCGGAUGCGCGCUUCGACGUCGCGCGCGGCCUGGGGCUCCUGGUUCCCGAACUGGUUGCACGGGAACGCUAAAAUCUCGAGGCCGGACGCGCCCAGCUCCGCGUGUAAUCGAACCAUCUCGGAGUAGUGCGCGUCCGUCUUGCCUCAUUCGCUCGCGACAUUCGUGAUCAGGACGACCUUGUCGCGUAACGUUUCAAAGUCCAGCGAUCCUCCCGACGCCGUUUCGGCUGAUAAGUCGUAGAACGACGCGGCGACCUCCAUCGUCUGGAGGUCGCAGGCGUCCUUGCAGUUGGUGAGCAUGUAGCCAGGGUUGUUCUCGCAUUCGCCGGUGGCCGCCCAGUCGCUGCAGCUCGCGUGGUUGUUCUGGGCGCCGGCCAGCAGUGCGAUAUUUAGGAGCAGUGCGGCGCAGGUGCGCGAUGGCGGCGCAUGGCGGGCCGCCAUAGUUCGCGCAGGUGGUGCGCCCUGCAAGCAGAGGUUCGCACCGCUUGCGCACAGCACCACAAAGCACCGCACAGCCCCGCAGGGCCUCAAUCGAGCGACU